AUUGAGAGAGAAGAUUCGAGAGCUACCUUCCACUGAAAGCAUCAAACGCUACUGUCAACUUGACGGAGGAACUCUGAUUUCAUCGCAAACGACGGGGUUUCCCGGCGGUGCCUACGAACUCGCGGUAGCGUUUCGGCGGCGACCAAAAAGCUUCUUCAAAGAUGAAUCAACAGUUGCGAUUUCCUUGUUUUCGCUGAGGUGAGCCUCUAAGCUUAUGUGGGUAGGUCGACGACACUGGUGAAAAUCAGAGAACAGCUGUUAAAAACUUUUUCUUGAAUAAGAGAUAAUCAAUUGGAGAUAUAUGAUUCGGUUGCGUGAAAUGAUUAUUACAAAGCAGCUUUGUAGAAAUUGCUCUCUCUGGUUUCGUCCUUCUCAAAACCUGAUCCGGAGUUAUACUAAAUACUUAUCUUCAGCAUCGUAUUCAACUGUAGAAUCUAGUUUCAACGAAUCUUCAGGUAAUUUGAUUGAUAUAGAAAACCGAAUUAAGUUACUGUGUGAAAAAUCCAACCCCCAACUUGAAGAUGCUUUGCUCCUCUUUAAUCAAGCUGUUGACUUUCACGGCCCACCUUCUGAAUCAACAUGCAAUUUUCUUUUAAGAGCACUUUCGAAGUCAAAGAAGUAUAACCAGGUUAUCAAAGUCUACAAUAAGAUGAAGGGUAUCCAUGUUUUCCACAGUUUCUUAUCAUUGAAUGUUCUUCUCGAAUUCUUUUCACAUUCUAAUAAGCCUGGUUUUGCUGUUGGAGUGUUGGGCACGAUGGUUAAGUGUGGUUACACAGUUGAUGCAUAUUGUUUAAACGUCGUUUUGAAUGGAAUUUGUCGAAAUGGUGAUGUUUUUAGAGCUGUCAAGAUUUUCAAUGAAUGGUUCAGAGGGUCUGUGUUAUUGCCUGAUGUGGUUACUUUCAACACUCUCAUUACUGGACUCUGUAAGGCACAAAAAGUAGAAGAAGCUUUGAACAUGAAGGCUGAGAUGGAUAAGGCGAAAACGAACCCCAACUUAAUUACUUACACCACUCUUAUGGACGGGCUUUGUAAAACAGGGCGAAUGGGAGAAGCAAUAGAUUUGUUGGAAGAGAUGAAGCUGAAGGGAUUGAAUGCAGAUGUUGUUACUUACGGAGCACUCGUCAAUGGAUUUUGCGAUUCCAAGAAUUUUGAACAAGCGAAUAAACUUUACGAAACAAUGCUUGAAACAGGAGUUGAACCGAACAAAUUCAUUUAUUCUAGUUUACUGCAUUGUCUUGGCAAAACAAAGCGAUGGAAAGAAGCUAGCGAGUUAUUCAAUGUUAUGUCGGAUAGAGGAAUACAGCCUGAUCUGAUAACCUAUAACGUAUUAAUCGACGGUCUUUGUAAAGAUGGAAGGCCUUCUGAAGCUAUGCGGAUACUAGACUUAAUGGCGGAGAAAGGUAUAGAGGCGAACACGAUAACAUAUAAUUCACUAAUCGAUGGAUUUUGUAAGUCUGGUAUGAUUUCUGAUGCUUUAAGAGUCUUUGAAACAAUGAUAAAAGGGAAUAAUAACAAACGGGACGUUGUUUCUUACAAUACGUUAGCUUGGGGGCUUUGCGAAAGUGGGAAAGUCGACGAGGCGAUAAAGUUAGUUCGUUUGAUGUUGAAAGAUGAGAAUCGAUCAGAGGUAGAUUAUCGGAUGUUAACGUCGUUAAUUUAUGGGUUAUGUAAAGAAGGUAGAUUAGGAGAAGCUAUGGAGAUUCAUCGUGAAAUGAUAGGGGAUUUGAAAAUGAGGGAAAUAGUUCCUUUUAAUUUGUUGAUUAGUGCUCAUUUGAAGAAAGGGUAUGUUGGUACAGCUAUGAAGUUGUUGAAAACUGCGCUUGAUUUGGGAUUGGUUCUGAAUUCACAUACUUAUUCGGCCAUGAUUGGAGGAUUCUGCGGCCUGAAAAUGACUAACUUUGCGAAAGGGCUUUUGAUUCACAUGAUGGGUCGUGGAAUUUUGAUUACGACCGAUCAUUAUAACAAACUGCUCGAUACUCUUUGUAAAGAUGGUAGUUUGGAGGAAGCGAAAGGGUUGUUUUUAGCGAUGAGUAAAACAGAGAGUGAACCGGAUCUUACUUCUUUUAAUAUGAUAAUACAUGGAACUCUAAAAGCAAAGGAUCUACAAUCUGCCAAACGAUUCUUCGAGGAAAUGAUUCAAAAGGGUUUGGUACCGGAUGAUGUGACGUUUUCUACACUUAUAAAUGGGUUUAUGAAGUUAGGGCAGUUAAAGGAGGCCAAACAUACUUUCGAGAGGAUGGUGGCUUGCGGUUGUGCUCCGAGUGUUGUUGUAUACGAUUCUUUGUUAAAGGGUUUUUUUACGAUGGGUGAAAAGGAAGAUAUAAUUGGUUUGCUUCAACAGAUGGCGGAAGAGGGAGUUCUUCUUGACGACGAAAUUACUAGUACGAUUUUGAAAUGUAUGUGUCUAUUUUCUGAUCAUCAUAAUGUUCAAGAUAUUUUGCCUAGCUUUCAACAGGAGAAAUCUAAGGUGGUAUCAUCAUCAUCAAGUAUUUCAUGUAAUGAGCUUUUGACACAACUACAUUUGUCUCAUCCUGAACUUCCUCAAAUUUAUACAUCUUGAUUAAUAGUAUCUCA